AAUGGUAAAGACAAAGGAUGGAAAAGUCUCGCGCAGGAAGCUCAAGGUUGAACUUGAAGAGACUCAGACCCAGCCUGAUGUACCAGUCUCAUGGAAGAUAUUCCAUGUAAUUUUCCCUGUAUUAUAGUAGGAGGGUUCACAUUACAGACAGUAGAGCAUAAGGUUUGGUUCUGGGCUUUUUACUUAGUAAACUGAUUCAUAUACCUGAUUGUCGUCCUUGAUUUCACGCCAUAUUAUACCAAAGCUUUGGACAGAGUCAAGCAUGGCUUCUGGAAAGCCAUUGAACAGAGACAGGUAGUGAAGAUCACCUAUAUCUUUGGUAUCUUCUUCUUUUGUAUCAAUAUGAUAUCCGGAUACGUAAACAGAGUGAGGAAAAAGUGUAUGAUAAAUGACGAAUUUUCAGGAGAUUAUUUCCACGCAAAUUCUUUUAUGGCGUCCUAAGAUGUGCUCUCUGUUGUGCUACCUGCCUUACUGAUAUCUGUGAUUUAUACAACUUGUGAAGAGGUCUACUGGAGAUUAUUUACAGUAGAAGUUAUCUCAGAUGGAAAAGACCAGAAAUCACAGAAAUAUCUGUGGAUCUCAUCGAUCGGCUUUAGCCUUCAGAAUUACUGGGUCGUGCAUCACUUUGAGGAUUUUAAUAAACGACCUAGUGGGGAGUUGAACUUCAUGAUCUUUAGCUGCUUGAUAGGUGCCUUUCUACAUUGGCAAAAGAAUAGAGGAUAUAUUCUUAAUGCUUGGAUAAUACAUUUUCUGUUUAGGUUUGCUUAAAUUAUUAGUGUAUAUCUAGGAGAUUUGCAGGAUCAGCAGGAAAGAUUAUAAAAAUACAGAGUAAACACCAGCAAUACUAUUCAACCCUAAAACUCCUUUUUA